AUGUCACUAUCACAAAUCUCAGUGGAUAUAGAUGAAGCAGAUGCAGUUGUUUUGCAAGAAAGUCUUUUGAAAACUCGUUCUUUAAUAGCAUCAAUUAGUCAAUCUUUAAAUAAAAUUGAAUCAUCAUCAUCAAAUUCUGAAAAAUUAUUAAAACCAAUUAUUGAAAAAAAUAAAAAAUUAUCUAUAUUUUCCAAGAAUGUUAAUGAUUCUUUAUUAGCCGUAUCAAAUGUUCAAGGUAUUGCAAGUGAAGCUUCCAUAUAUGAAUCAAAAUUAAAUGAAAGAAUUGAUAAUGUUAAAAAUUAUAUAAUUACUAUAAAUAAAUCACAAAAUAUUUUAUUAAAAUUAAAAGAUAAUAAUGGUGGUGGAAGCAAUGGUGAAUAUAGAGGUAUAUCUGAAAACUUAAGUAAAACAAUAAUGGAUAGUGAAUUUAAAUUACAUCAAUUUUUUAAAGAAUUAAUUAAAUCAGAUUCUCAACCUUUUGAUCCACAAAUUUUUAUGAAUCAAUUAAAACCAUUCCCAUUUUUAUCAGUUUCUAAGAUAAGAGAUGUUGGAUUAAUAAUGGCAUAUUUUAAUGAUCAAAAAAAUCCAAUUGAUGAUUUAUAUAUUGAUUCAAGAUCAAAUUUAAUUUUAAAAAGUUUAGCAUUUUUGGAACCGUUCACUAAGAUUAAUAAUCAAAUGGAUAAAGUUCCAUAUGAAAAAGGUUCAAAUGGUAUUAAUAAUUAUACAGAAGCAUUCUUAGGGUUUUUAUCAAAUGAAUAUGCAUUAUUAGAAAGCAUAUUAAAUGAAAACAAUGAUCAAAUAAUAACAAUUUAUCAAAAAUUAAUUAGAAAUUCAAUUGAAAAUUAUUCCAAGAUUAUAACAAAUUUAAUUAAUUCAAUUGAAAAUUCAAUAACAAAUUUAGGUUCUUUAUCAUUUGAAUUAAUUAAUAAUUUAUCCAAAAUUUUAUCAUUUUUAAAAUCAAAAUCAUUUAAAGAAUCUUAUCCAUCAUUAUCAAAAAAUUUAAAUUCAUCUCAAUCUAUAGCAAAAUCUUUAUUUAAAGAAUUAUUAAUUUAUACAGAAAAUAGAGUUUCUUCAUUAACAACAAUCCCUCAGGAUUCAGGUGUUUCAGAAGCAACUGUUGAUAUAAUGUCUAAAAUUAGAAAAAUUUCUGAAUAUAAAUUUGAACAAAUUAAUUUAAUGAAUGGGUUUAAAGCUGGUAGUUGGAUUCCACAACCAAGUCCUCAAUGGUUAUCACAUUUUUCAAGUAUAAGUCAUACUACAAUCAUUGAUGAUUCUGAUCCAAAACAAUUAUUAUCUUCAUAUUAUCUUGAUGUUAUUGAUGCAUUAAUUGUUAAUUUAGAAAUUAAAUCUUUAAAUUUUAUCAAAAAAAAACAAACUCUGGGGUUUUUCCUAAUUACAAAUAUUACACUUGUUGAACAAAUUAUUUCAAGAUCUCAAUUAAAUAAUAUCUUGGAUUCUACAGGUUGGUCAAGAUUAGAAAAAUUGAAGAAAAGAUCAUUGAAUUUUUUCCUUACAGGUUGGAAACAAGUUGCUGCAUAUCUUUUAGAUGUUAAUGUUGUUGGGAAAUUAAGUUCAAAAGAUCGUGAAAUUAUAAAAGAAAAAUUUAAAAAUUUUAAUUUAGAAUUUGAUGAAUUAGUCAAGAGUUAUAAAGCUUAUAAUAUAACUGAUCAAUCAUUGAAAAAAUUUCUUUCCAAGGAAAUUUCAUUUAUAUCACCACUUUAUAAAAGAUUUUAUGAUAAACAUUCAUCAGGUGAUUUUACUAAACAUACUGAUAAAUAUAUUAAAUAUAAUCCAAUGGAAUUUGAUAAGAUUUUAGAAUCACUUGGAAAAUGA